AUGGCAGCUAUUGCAAGAGCCUGGAAAGUGGGGGCGCUCACAACGUUCUUUCUGGCAACGAUAGCGCAUGCUACUGAACCCACGGUCACAGUGCUGAAUGGAACAUACGAAGGCGUACAUCUCCCUUCGUUCAAUCAAGACAUCUUCUUAGGCAUCCCAUAUGCGCAAGAUACGGGAGGUCAGAAUCGCUUUCGCAUACCACAAUCAUUGAACACGACAUGGAAUGGCACGCGCCCUGCCAAAUCGUACGGAGACAGCUGUCCGGAUCCCUCGGCUGCCAACUUCAGCAUGAGCGAAGACUGCUUGAGCAUCAACAUCGUUCGUCCAGCGGGUCUCUCACACAACGACUACGCAAAGCUGCCUGUUGCGCUAUGGAUCCAUGGAGGAAGCUACCAAGUCGGCACCAGUGCGCUUGCGAACUACAACCUGACAUACAUUGUUCAAAGAAGCGUGGAAAUCGGCCAGCCCAUCAUUGCAGCCAGCAUCAACUACCGCAAAGGCGGAUGGGGUAUGUUAUACUCGCGAGAGAUCCAAGGUGCCGGCCAGACGAACCUUGCGCUUCGAGACAUGCGCAAAGGACUUGCCUGGAUUUCAGAGAACAUUGAAGCAUUUGGCGGCGACAAGGACAGCGUCACUAUCUGGGGCGAGUCUGCUGGGAGCUUCGCAGUAGGCCAGCUACUCAUGUCGUACGGCGGCCGAACAGACAACUUGUUCCACCGCAGCAUCCAAGAGUCUGGGUCUGCAGCGACGGCAUGGUACAACGGCACAGAUUGGUACCAGCCCAUCUACGACAACAUCGUUGACAAAGCGAACUGCACAGAUGAAGUCGACACGCUCGCCUGUUUGCGUACCCUACCAUACGAAGCCAUCUUCCCACUCCUCGCAGCCUCAAGCCAAGGCCCAGGCUGGUACCCCAUCGUCGACGGCGACAUCAUCCCCGCCUACCCCACCGAGCUCCUCGCCUCAGGCCGUUUCGCACACAUCCCGCAUCUCUACGGCACCAACUCGGACGAAGGCACCGACAACGCACCAGCCGGCGGUGUCAUCAACACCGACGAAGACCUAUACGCCUUCCUCGCCAACAGCACAGGUUUCGACUUCCCCGACGCCGUCAUCAAGCGCAUCAUGGAAUUGUACCCCAACGACCCCACCAUCGGUAUCCCGCUCAACACCGGCGUCGAGCUCUUCGCCGAACAGGGCCUUCAGUAUAAGCGCAUCGCCGCCAUCAUGGGCGACGUCUUCUACCACGCGACCCGCCUGGCCGACGCCCGCGCUUACUCCAAGUACUCGCCUACGUACAUAUACCGGUUCAACACGCUCCCAUGGCAAAACAGUAACACCGCCAGCGAAGGCGGCAAUCCGCGCGCCUACAAGGGCGUCGCGCAUUUCACUGAGGUGGCUUUUGUUUUUGCUAAUCCUAACUUCUAUGGCCCAUGGGAGGAGUACAAGAAGCUGGCCGAGCAGGUGAGUGCGCAGUGGAUUCGCUUUGUGGCGAAGGGUGAUCCAAAUGGUGAAGCUCUGCCCAGGUGGCCGCAGUAUGACGAGGGUAAGAGUGGAAGGGGACUGGAUCUUGUUCUUCAGGCGGAGGGGAGGGGGUAUAAUGGGAGUUAUGUUGAGGAGGAUGCUUGGAGGAUUGAGGGGAGGGAGUUUCUUACUAAGUGGGCGAGAAGGAGACAUGUUUAG